AUGCGUUCCACCAUCGCUAGCGUGCUCACCGCCUUCGCCCUCGCUGGCGUGAGCCAAGCCGCCGACUGCUACAACACGCCGUCCAACUGGUUUUAUGGUAGUGUCUACGAUGAUGCCUGGUCCGUCCGUAAUGCAGUCUGCAAUGGAAAUGGUGACAAGUGGGCUGGUCACGUUCACGGCACCUCGAACACUCCAGGUGGCAGCUCCUGCUGGGAUGCUAUGGAGAACAUCAUCAACCAGUGCAUCUAUGGCGAGAACAAGCCUGGGGGCCAGUGGACCGCGAACGGGCAGAACUACUACAUCAGCAUGACUGCGUCGUAA